GCGAAUCUGGACAUACUCUCCUCUGGCUAAACGUUUGCUGUUAAUUGCAAAGGCUUUGUGAGAAACAAGACCAGAGUCGGACAAUCUAUUGCCUUGUGGAUGUUUUAUUUUCAGGUGAAGGUGCUCUCUUUUUUGUAUAAACACGAGGGUAUGGGAGGAUCUAUUCUUUCUGGAAAACACCUGUUUCAAUUGAGGGUAGGUGCAUCACUCCAGCUUCAUCUUCUUCUGUGAUCAACGCAUGCAGUCUGAUGGAGGUGGAAUCACAGCAGAAUCUAUAUUGGUGGUGCUGAGCUCAACUAAGUGAGCUCAGUCAAAUAGUUCUUAAUUACCCUGAAAUAAGAGCAGAGAACAUGGGAGACAAUACAUCUGGAGGAAUAGUAGCAGCUGCAAAAAACCGUCUGCAGGUGCUGAAAGGCUUGGAGGAUGUGGAGGUGUCUGAGUGUGAGAGUUGCUGCUUUGAGGUGACUCUGAACCUGGCUUACAUAGAGGGUGUGUGGACCAGGGAUGGUUUGCAACUUAAGUCCAAGCCCAACUGUCGCAUCAGCACACAUGGGAAGAAACAUUCCCUCAAACUGAACAGAGUGUCUUUGGGAGAUGCCGGUUUAUUCUCCUUUGAAGCUAAUGGCAUUCAGACCUCAGGCCGGCUCAGCGUCAAAGCUAGGGACAUCCACAUUGUUAAAGAGCUGGAGGAUGUUGACACGAUUGAGCGUCAGCCUGUGAACUUCGUUUGUGAGGUCAACCAGGUGGAUGUGGAUGGCCGGUGGUAUAGAGAUGACUGCCGGAUCCGUCCCGGGGACAGCAUCAAGAUCAGACACCAGGGCCAAACUCACAUACUAUUCUUCAAGUCAGUCAGACCAGAACAUGCAGGAGGAAUCAGAUUCACUGCAGAGCGUGUCUCAUCUUAUGCAACACUCACAGUAAAAGAGCUCCCAGUUCAAAUAGUUCGUCCUCUGAGGGUCAAGAUAGCCAUGUAUCGCCACAGAGGUCUGCUGGAGUGCCAGGUAUCACGUCCUAAUGCUCAGGCCAGGUGGUACAAGAACAGGAAGGAGCUCCUGCCCAGUAAGAAGUACCAACUAAUCAGCCAAGAUAUCUACAGGCAGUUGACCAUUGAUGACGUCUGCUCGUCAGAUGAAGACACCUAUACAUGUGAUGCAGGAGAUGACAAAACAUCUUGUCAGCUUCUGGUGGAGGAGCAGGCUAUCAGCAUAGUGCGGGGGAUGAAAUCAGUGGAGGUGAUGGAGCCAGAGCCUGCGCUAUUCCAAGUGGAGACUAGCCUGAAAUCAGGGAGGCCACCGAAAUGGACCUUGAACGGUGAGGUUCUGGAGCCAUGCACAGCAGUGAACAUUGACAGGGAGGGCACCCUCCACAGUCUAUGUCUCACCUCCACAGAAAGCUCCAUGUCAGGCCCUGUGGUCUUUUUGGCUGGAAAGAGUCGUUCUACUGCCCAGCUUACUGUGAAAGAGCGACCUCUUCAGCUGCUCCACCAUCUGGAUGAUGUGGAGGCAAAGGAGAACAGCUCUGUGACUCUGAGCUGUGAGUUUGUCCCCUCGCCCCGGGUAGUGCGGUGGUUUAAAGGGCGUACAGCAGUGAAGACCUCGAACAAAUACAGCAUGAAGAGACAAGGAAAGCGAGCUGAGCUGAUCAUUCAUGGAUUGACAGGGAUGGAUGCAGGCCAAUACCGUUGCAUGGCUGGAGGUGCACAGAGCACAGCCCAUGUUAAAGUAGAAGUGCGAACACUGAAAUUGGUCAAAAACCUCGAGCCAGUAGAAAUCGAGGAGGAUGGCAUUGCCAGAUUCACAUGUGAACUCAACUAUGUGGUUGCUGAUGUGGAAUGGGUCCUCAACAAUAUCCGCAUCUAUUCCAACGCCAUCAAUAAGAUCCAGCAUAUGGGCACCAUGCACAGCCUCAUGAUGAAGAAACUGCGGCCACAGGAAAGCAGGCUCACCUUCAAAGCAGGCCUUCUUACUGAGACAACCACCUUAAAGGUCAAAGAGCGCCCAGCAGUAUUCCUGAGGUCUCUGGAGGAUGUAGUCGGAGAGGAGCAAGGGCAGAUUUGUCUACAGUGUGAAAUUUCCAAAGAGACUGUCACUCCUGUCUGGAGGAAGGAUGGUAUAGUCCUGACAGCCAGUGAUAAGCAUGAGCUGCUCCAGUUUGGGAAGUCCAUGGCACUGAUUGUCCAUUCACUGAGUAAGGAUGAUGCUGGACAAUACACUUGCGACCUGGGCACCAGUCAGACCAAAGCUAAAGUUACAGUACAUGACUUGCACAUUACUAUUGUUCAGCGUAUGAAGACGACUUCCGUUCUAGAGGGCGAAAGCUGCACUUUUGAGUGCCAUCUUUCACAUGAUCUCAAUGAUGAGCCUUCCUGGACCAUCAAUGGCCAGGUGGUGGUUACCAAUGGCCGUAUUCAGGUUAUCAACAACGGCCACAUAUAUAAGUUGACCAUUAGAGAUGCUAUCCUUACUGAUGCUGGAGAUGUGGUCUUCUCAGUAAAAGACCUAAGCUGUAGGACCAUGCUCUUUGUUAAAGAGAAGCCAGUGCACAUCUUCAGGGACCUGUUGAAUGUGAACGCAGUGCCUGGUGAGGAUGCAGAGCUGAGCUGUGAAAUCACCAAACCAGAAGCCACCAUCCGUUGGCAGAAAAAUGGGCAUCUGAUCAGGCAGAGUCCUAAGUAUGAGAUGAGUGUGGUGAAGAACCUGGCACGACUGGUAAUCAAGAAUGCCACCAUCAGAGACUCUGGAGAGUAUUGCUGCCAGGCCGAAGGUGUUGCCUCUCGUGCCAAGCUGGAGAUCAGAGAGCUUCAGCACACAUUUGCAAGGGAGUUGAGAGACACUCGAGCGGAGGAGAAGGGUAAGGUGAUCCUGGAGUGUGAGACCAGGCGACCGGCCAAGCGUGUGAUCUGGCUGAAGGGCAUGGUGGAGCUGAGGUCUGGUAGGAAGUAUGUCAUCAGGCAGAAGAGCGUGGUGCUGUCCCUGACCAUCACCUGUCUGGAGAAAUCAGACACGGAUAUUUACACAUGUGAUGUUGGUACCAUGCAGAGUCGGGCUCAGCUGACAGUGCAGGGUCAGAGGGUGUUGAUCCUGGAUGAAUUAGAAGAUGUGGAGUGUCUUGAGGGUGAUACUGUCACAUUCAGGUGUCGAAUUUGUCCCAGUGACUACAUCGGAGUCAAGUGGUAUCUGGACGAGACUCUGCUUUAUACAAAUGAGCUCAACGAGAUUCAGAUGAAUCCAGGAGGCUACCACUCCCUCACUUUUAGACAGCUUGCCCGAAAAGACACUGGGACUAUUUCAUUUGCAGCAGGAGACAAAAGAUCCUAUGCUUCGCUCUUGGUUAGAGAGAGACGUCCCACCAUUAUCAAGGCAAUGGAGGACUGUGAGGCUAUUGAAGGAGGUGGUUUGAUUUUGUCCUGUGUGACUUCAAAGCCGUGCCACAUACUGUGGUACAAAGAUGGCUGUCUGAUGUGGAACUCAUCCCGAUAUUUUGCCAGUCGUUCUGGCUGUGAAGCCCGUCUCACCUUUCGGGAGGUUUGCAACAAUGAUGCUGGGGUGUAUGAGUGCAGUGCUGGAUCUGUUACAACUAGGGCUGUUGUCACUGUCAAAGCCAUCCCAGCAGAGUUCAUGCAGCUCCUGAAGAAUGUGGAGGCUAAAGAAGGAGAAGAUGUUACCCUGACGUGUGAAUACUCUCUGCCUGGAGUACAGUUCCACUGGAGAAAAGGCUAUGAAAGCAUUAGACCUGGAGAUAAGUAUGUGAUAAAACAGAGAAAGACAAUUUACUGUCUAACCAUUAAAGCUUUGACACCUGAAGACUCAGGAGAAUAUACAUGCCAGUGCAGAGACCACCACACAAGAGCAAGCCUCAAAGUACAUGCUAUUCCCAUUACCUUCAUACAACAGUUGAAGAACAUGCAAGCAGAUGAGGGUAGCAGUGUCAUCCUGCGAUGUGAAAUUUCCAAACCUGGGAUACCAGCAGAGUGGAGAAAAGAACAUGAACUGCUGAGGAAUGGGUUCAAGUACCAGAUUAGAAAAAGGGAGACCACCUUGGAGCUCCAGAUAUGGAAGCUUGUGCCUGAGGACAGUGGGGUAUACAGCUGUGUGUGUGCUGAUCAGAUGACAUCUGCCACAAUCAAAAUCAAUGCUCUCCCAGUCACCUUCAAGCAAAAGCUGAGGAACGUGCUGGUCGAGGAGGGCAACACUGCAACGUUACGCUGUGAGCUGUCUAAACCUGGUCAUGCUGUGGAGUGGAGGAGAAGGGGGAAUGAACUCCUCAGGAAUGGAGAGAAGUAUCAUAUGCGACAGAGAGAUAUGCUUAUUGAACUGAAGAUCUUUGAUGUGGCACCUGAUGACAGUGACAUCUACACAUGCAUCUGUGGAAACAUAGAGACCACUGCUACUCUAACAGUGAAUGCUCUUCCAAUCACCUUCAAGCAAAAGCUGAAGAACCUUCAAGUCGAGGAAGGACACAACAUCACACUGUGCUGUGAGAUCUCUAAAGCAGGUGUCCCAGUGGAGUGGCGGCUUGGAGGGGAGCAGCUGGAGAAUGGAGAGAAGUACCAGUUGAAGCAGAGGGACUCGGUCUUGGAGUUGACCAUCAGAGAUGCUGUACCAGAGGACAGCGGCGUCUACACCUGUGUGUGUAGAGAGCAGAGGACAAAGGCCACUGUAAAAGUUGUUGCGGUUCCUGCCACGUUCAAGGUGAGCCUGAAGAGCCAGGAAGCUGAAGAAGGAAACAGUGUCACAUUACAAUGUGAGCUGUCAAAGAAAGGAGUCCCAGUUCAGUGGCAAAAAGAGGGCAAGGUGCUCUCUGAGGAGGGUUCUUGGGGAAAGUACCAGGUGAAACUCGAAGGAAAGAUAUCUCUGCUGAUUAUUUCCAACAUCCAACCAGAAGAUGCAGGGAAGUACAGCUGCAUCACAGGAGAUGAGAAAACCACUGCUGAACUCAAAGUGAAACCACUUCCUGUUACAUUUAAACGGGAGAUCCAGCGCAUGGUGGUGAAAGAAGGGGACAGUGGAGUUUUCUGCUGUGAGCUGUCCAAACCUGGAGCUCCAGUGGAAUGGAAGAAAGGCAGAGUCAUCCUGAAGCCCGGAGAGAAAUAUGAAAUGAAACAGGAGGGACGUCUCACUAAACUGAUCAUCAACAAUGUGGAGGAGAGCGAUGGCGGCAAAUACACAUGCAAGACUAAAAACUGCCAAUCAACUGCUGAGCUCAUAGUUCAAGCUUUGCUGCCUAGUUUCAAGAUACCGCUGGUCGACCAGGAGGUAAGAGAGGGCAACAGUGUGGUUCUGCACUGUGAGCUCAAUAAACCUGCCCCCUCUGUGGAGUGGAGGAGAGACGGUGAGCUACUGAAGAAUGGAGACAAAUACCAGAUGAGGAAGAAGGACCUGCAGGUGGAGAUGAAGAUUGUAGAAGUCAAUCUGGAGGACGCUGGAGAUUAUACCUGUGUAUGUGGAGAACAGAGAACAACGGCUAAAAUCAUGGUGAAUGAACGUCCCAUCAAAUUCCUUCAAGAGCUGAAGAAUAUUCACGUGCAGGAAGGAAAUUGCGUGACGCUCUCCUGUGAGCUCUCCAAAGCCGGGGUCCCUGUGCAGUGGAAGAAGGGAAAUGACCUGUUGACCAAUGGAGAGAAAUAUCAGAUGAAGCAGAAUGGUUCUGUGCUAGCACUCCUUAUCAGAAAAAGCCUCCCUGAGGACAGUGGUACAUACAGCUGUGUUUGUGAUGACGUGAAAACUACAGCAUCUGUCACCAUCACUGCAAUCCCAGUGACUUUCAAGCAAAAGCUGAAGAACCAGGAAGCUGUGGAGGAGGGAUUUGUGACAUUACGCUGUGAGCUUUCGAAAUCAGGAGUUCCAGUGGAGUGGAGGAGAGAUGCUCAACUCUUGAAGGAGGGAGAAAAAUAUCAAAUGAGGCAAGAGGGACGGAUGGCUGAGCUGAUCAUUGGAAAUUUAACUCUCACAGAUGCUGCAGAGUAUAGCUGUUUAGUUGGAACCGUUGAGACUUCGGCUGACGUCAAAGUCAGAGCACUUCCUGUAACUUUUACGCAAGGGGUUGAGAAUUUGGAGGUGAAGGAAGGAGACAGUGGAGUUUUCUGCUGUGAGCUCUCAAAACCUGGAGCUCCAGUCGACUGGAGAAAAGGCAGAGUCAUCCUGAAGCCCGGAUACAAAUAUGAGAUAAAACAGGAGGGACGCUUUACUAAACUGAUCAUCAAUAACGUGGAGGAGAAUGAUGCUGGAAAAUACACCUGCAAGACUAAAGAUAGCCAGUCUACUGCUGAGCUCACAGUUAAAGCUCCACCCGUCACGUUCAAGACAAAGUUAAGGAACCAGCAGGUGGAGGAGGAGAACAGUGUGACGCUGAGCUGCGAGCUGUCUAAGCCCGGCGUUGCUGCUGAGUGGAGAAAAGGAAACGAGCUGCUGAAGAAUAAUUUCAAGUACCAGAUUAAAAAUCGAAACGGCAUCAUGGAGUUGACCAUCAAAAACACUCAAAUGGAGGACAGCGGCCUCUACAGCUGCACCUACGGAGAUGCCAAGACCACAGCCAAUGUCACAAUUACACCUAUUCCCCUCACAUUUAAAAUGGGUCUGAAGAACCAAGAGGUCCCUGAAGGAGGAAACGUGUCCCUGCGCUGUGAACUGUCUAAGGCCGGGGUGCCCGUGCAGUGGUGGAAGGCAGAGGACCAGCUCUAUCAUGGAGGAAGAUAUCAGAUGUCACUGAAAGGGACGAUAGCUGAGAUGACCAUCAGAAACAUCCAGCCAGAGGAUGUUGGAGAGUAUAGCUGCAUCUUUGGGGAACAGAAGACAACAGCUGAAGUGAACGUCAGAGCGGCAGCAUCAGUAUUCUUUGAGAAGGAACUGGAGAACCAAGCUGUGAUGGAGGGGAAAUCGGUGCUACUGUCUUGUGAAGUUUCCAGUGCUAAUGUUCCUGUCACUUGGAGGAAGGACAACACCUUGGUGGAAGAAGGCGGACGUUACAUUGUAAAGAAGAAAGGACCUACACACACUCUGGAAAUAAAGAAACUGCAUCUGGAAGAUGGUGGAGAGUACUGUUGUAUCACCAGAGGCAAGAAGACCACUGGCAAGCUGAUUGUGAAGGAGCGCGUUCGGAUUGUUACAGAGCUGCAAGACGUGACAGUGACGGCAGGGGAGGACGCUGUGUUUGUGUGUGAGCUGAGCCAUGCAGAUGUGAGCGAGGGUGCCUGGUGGCUUGGUUCCAGCCCUUUGCAGAAGAACGAGAUGAAUCAAAUGACAUGCCAUGGCCGUCAGCACCGGCUAGUCCUCUCCAUGACCACACCUGAGGAGACGGGCACCGUGGCAUUUGUAGUUGGGGAGGAGAAAACUUCUGCAUGUCUGUUAGUUGUUCCUAAGCCCAAAGUGUUAUUUGAGGAGAAACCCAAAGACACUGUGGUCAUGGAAGGAGAGACAGCCACUUUGAGUUGCACCACCUCUGACUUCACCACCGGUGUUACCUGGAGACGCAACCAUAUUCCCAUUCAACAUGGUUAUAAAUAUGAGAUGCGUAAGGAGGGAAAAGUCAAUCUACUACUUAUCCAUGAUGUGGAGCCCCUGGAUACUGGUAUAUACUCCUGUGAUACAGGAGAUGUGCAGAGCAAUGCCAAACUUACUGUAACAGAGCUCCCUCCGUUCUUCCAGGAGGAGUUGCACAGUGUAGAAGCUGAAGAAGGAGGUUCAGCCUCUCUUUACUGUGAGCUGUCUAAACUUGGAGUGCCGAUUCAAUGGAAGAAGAACAGACUGCCGCUAAAAGCCAGCAGGAAGUAUGAGAUGAGGCAGGACGGCUGCUUCCUUCAGCUCCACAUCAAGGAACUCAAACUUGAAGACAGCGGCAGCUACUCAUGUCAAGCUGGGAAUGCAGAGACCACUGCAACUCUGUCUGUGAGAGAGCUCCCUCCAUUCUUCAAGAAAGAAUUAAGGAGUGUGGAGGCUGAGGAGGGAGGUGCAACCUCCCUACACUGUGAACUGACUAAACCUGGGGUGUCAGUGCAGUGGAAGAAGAACCGACUACUUCUGAGAGCCAGCUGGAAGUUUGAGGUGAAACAAGAUGGCUGUCUCCACCAGCUCCACAUCAAAGAACUCAAACCAGAGGACAGUGGCAGCUACACAUGUCAAGCAGGAAGUGCUGAAACCACUGCAAAUGUGUCAGUGAAAGAGCUCCCACCAUUUUUCAAAAAUGAACUGCAGAAUGUGAAGUUUGAGGAGGGAAGUACAGGCUCUCUGUACUGUGAGGUGUCCAAACCUGGAGUAUCUGUACAGUGGAAGAAGAACAAACUGCCUUUGAGAGCCAGCAGGAAGUAUGAGAUGAAGCAGGAUGGCUGCUUCCUCCAGCUACACAUCAAUGAUCUCAGUCCAGAAGACAGUGGAAGCUACACAUGUCAAGUAGGAAGUGUAGACACCACUGCAACUGUAUCAGUGAAAGAGCUUCCACUGUUUUUCAGAGAGGAACUGCACCAUAUGGAGGUGAAGGAGGGAGGAACAGCCUCACUGUACUGUGAGGUGUCAAAACCUGGACUGUCAGUACAAUGGAAUAAGAACAAGCUUCCACUGGUAGCCAGCAGAAAGUAUGAGAUAAUACAAGACGGAUGCCACCUCCAGCUCCAUAUUAAGGACCUAAAACCUGAGGAUGGAGGCACCUACACAUGUCAUGCAGGAACUGCAGAGACCACUGCAACUGUGUUGGUGACAGAGCUCCUACCAUUUUUCAAGCAAGACUUAAAAGGUGUGGAAGCUGAAGAGGGAGGUACAGCCUCCAUGUGCUGUGAAGUAUCUAAACCUGGACUAUCAGUACAGUGGAAGAAGGACAAGCAGCCACUGAGAGCAAACAGGAAGUAUGAGAUGAAGCAGGAUAACUGCUUCCUCCAGCUCCACAUCCGAGAUCUCAAACCUGAGGACAGUGGACGUUACACAUGUCAAGCAGGAGCUGCUGAGACAACUGCAACUGUGACGGUGAAAGAGCUCCCGUUAAUCUUCAAGAAGGACUUAGUAAAUGUGGAAGUUGAGGAGGGAGGUACAGUCUCUCUUUACUGUGAACUGUCUAAACCGGGGGGGUCAGGACAGUGGAGAAAAAACAAGUUGCCACUAAGAGCCAGCAGGAAGUAUGAGAUGAAGCAGGACGGCUGCCUCCUUCAGCUCCACAUCACGGAUCUCAAAUGUGAGGACAGUGGAAGCUAUUCGUGUCAAGCAGGAAGUGCAGAGACCACUGCAACUGUGUCUGUGAAAGAGCUCCCGCCAUUAUUCACAGAGAAACUGCAGAGUGUAGAGGCUGACGAGGGAGGAAUAGCCUCAUUGUGCUGUAAAAUAUCUAAACCUGGGCUUUCAGUACAGUGGAAGAAGAACAAACUUCCACUGAGAGCAAAUAGGAAGUAUGAGAUGGAGGUGGAUGGCCGCUUCCUCCAGCUACACAUCAAAGAUGUCAAACCUGAGGACAGUGGCAGUUACUCGUGUCAUGCAGGAACUGCUGAGACCGGUGCCGCUGUGACAGUGAAAGAGCUCCCUUUGUUCUUCAAGAAAGACUUAGUAAAUGUGACAGCUGAGGAGGGAGGUACAGCUUCUCUUUACUGUGAACUGUCUAAACCAGGGGUGUCAGGACAGUGGAAGAAAAACAGGCUGCCACUAAGAGCCAGCAGGAAGUAUGAGAUGAAACAGGACGACUGUCUCUUUCAGCUCCACAUUAAUGAACUCAAAUGUGAGGACAGUGGAAGCUACUCAUGUCAAGCAGGAAGUGCAGAGACCACUGCAACUGUAUCAGUGAAAGAGCUUCCAUCAUUCUUUGAGAAAGAAUUACAAAAUGUGCAAACUGAGGAGGGAGGUACAGCCUCCCUGUACUGUGAACUGUCCAAGCCUGGAGUUCCAGUGCAGUGGAAGAAAAACAAACUUCCACUGAGAGCCAACAGAAAGUAUGAAGUAAAGCAGGAUGGCUGCUUCCUCCAGCUCAACAUCAAGGACUUCAAACGUGAAGACAGUGGUAUCUAUUCAUGUCAAGCAGGGACUGCAGAGACAAGUGGAACUGUGACAGUAAAAGAGCUCCCACCAUUCUUUAAAGAAGAUUUACAAAAUGUUGAAGUUGAAGAAGGAUGCACAGCCUCUCUGUCCUGUGAGCUGUCUAAGCCUAGAGUGCCAGUUCAGUGGAAAAGGAAUAGUGUGCUUGUGAGAGCAAGUACUAAGUAUGAGAUGAAGCAGAAUGGCUGCUUGGUCCAGCUGCUUAUUAAGGAACUCAAACUUGAGGAUGGUGGCAACUACACAUGUCAAGCAGGAAGUGCAGAGACAACAGCAACUGUAACAGUGAAAGAGCUCAUUCCAUUCUUCAGCAAAGAAUUACAAAGUAUAGAGGCUGAAGCCGGAGGUACAGCCUCAAUGUUUUGUGAGCUGUCCAAACCUGGAGUGGCUGUGCAAUGGAAGAAGAACCAGCUGCCGCUAAGAGCCAGUAGGAAGUAUGAGAUGAAGCAGGACGGCUGCUACCUCCAGCUCCACAUCAAAGAGCUCCAACCAGAGGACAGUGACAGCUACUCUUGCCAUGCAGGAAGCGCAGAGACCACUGCAACUGUGCAAGUAAAAGCACUGCAGCCAUCUCCACCAAAAGCAGAACCUCCCACAAUACAACCACGGAUGAAAAGCACAGUUUCCAAAUCAACACAUGCUCCAGAGAACGAGAGGCCUGGUCUCCCAGGUGUCAAAGCCGCUCCUCCUGAGCCCAAAAAGAGGACUAAUAGAAGAACAUCUAUUACAAGCUCAGAAAAAGAUGCAGAGACAGUUUUUGAUCUAAAGCCUUCCAAACUGAAGGAUAAUAUUGAAGCUCAGGAAGAUAUCCAACCUACAAGAUUACUAGAGAAAGACUUUGAUGUUGCAAAAAAAGUAAUACAGGUGGGGAGGGCUGAAGAGAAGGACAACAUGCUGAAGAAAAGUGGUGCACCUGUGAGACCACCAGAGAAGGAUGAUAGGGAUGACAGGAAGGUCAAAGAGACAGUUAGACCUUUGGAAACUGAAACUUUCCUGCAGGCAAGACAAUCAGGAGGAACAAUGGAGGAAGUAGGUAUAGUUGACCAUGGCGUAAGUCAGUUACACAGAGUUUUGUGUGACACUGCGUAUGAACUUAAUCAACAAAAAGAAAAUGACUUUGAACCUGAACUGUCCUUAAAACAGCCGAGGAAGCCUUCAGAGAAAACAGGUGAAGUUGAGAAGAAGGUGAAACAUCCAAGUAGAAUACAGACAAACAGUGAGGAUGAAAAAGGCCCUGUGACACCACCAGAAAAGUUGAUUAGAAAAGACACAAUGGAACAGUCUAUUGAAAAUGAAGCUAAAGUUGACAAGACAAAAGAGGAGCCUUUGGAACCACCAGUGAGAUCUAAAGGAAAAGUAACAGAGAUAAAGCAACAAGUCAAGUUUAUGCUAGAGGAAAGUGAGGAGAUUAUUCCCCAGGUGUUUAAGACUGCGAUGAAUAAUUCUGAAGAAGACCAUAAACAGAGAAACCAUGAGAAUGAACCAUUGUCCACAGAAACAGAGAAAGAGAAAAAGACACCAAAGCCAUCUGUAAUUCAGUCGGACAAACAGCCAGCAGAACAAAGAGAAAAGUUUGUCAGUAAAUUAGCUGAAGUCACUCCUCCAAGGCCACCUGUGAGGACAAAGAGUAAAGCAAAGGGGGAAGUGGAAAAGCAAGUUUCUAGGGAAAGAGAGACGGAUCAAGAAGAGGAACAGUUAACAAGAGAUGUAAUCCAAACAAGUGAAGAUCAGUCAGUAAAUCAGAUAAUAAAGAGGGAAAUAGAAGUUGAAAAGAAGCCCAGGUUUGAGAGGAACCAGUCGGUGACAGACAGUGAAAUAGUGGAGAAAAAGAACAAAGCCAAAGUGCCUUUAAAACAGCCUGUUAAACCCAUGAGAAAAGAACCUGAAGUGGACCAAGAAAUGAAACUGGUCGUUGAACCACUGAGAUGGAUGGAAGAGCAACAAACGACAAAGAUGGAAGAAAACAUCCCUCUCCUCUAUAUUUCUGAAGAUGAAACUUUCUCUGAAGCUUUGACUGAGAUCCCAAUUGACCACAGCCAUGUCCAGCUUGACACUUUUAGGCACGAAGGCAUACAAAAGCCUACAAAAGAACUUUCUCUCCAGAAUACACAGCCAUCCAAGGAUUCCCCACAAGAGACUGACAUUAUCAUUGAGGAUGAGCCACAACUGCAGGAGGCUGCAGUCAAGAUCCAGGCUGCCUUCAAAGGCUACAAAACACGCAAAGAUAUGCGACCAGUCUUUAAGGAAGUGUUUAAGAACCAGACUGCAGAUCUUCAUGGUAGACUCACUCUAGUGUGUAUUGUGGAAGGAAAACCCAGCACAGUGCGCUGGCUGAAAAAUGGCCAACAAAUUAAAAAUGACCAGCGAUGUCAUAUGGAGAAGACAGAGUGUGGAAAAUGCUUGCUGGUUAUUGAAAAUCUGAUUAACAGUGACAGUGGAAUUUAUACCUGCGAGGUGGUGAAUAAGUUUGGUAUAACCUCGUACAAUGGAAACAUAACAGUUCUGCAGGCUGUGCAACCUAUAACCCAGAAGCCUGUCCACCCACCCCUUGCAGCCAUAACUCCUUUGCAGCUGGCCCCACCAAAUCCUGAAACCCAGACCGAAACACAGGCUCAGAAUUUGCCGUUGGGUCAAGCACAGGUGCCCGCUUCAGUGACAGAUGCUGAAAAUUAUGUAGAAAGUGUGAAUGUAUCUCUGUGGGAGGCCUAUACUCUGACUGAGCAGGAGACACAAAUAAGUCUACAAGAGAGGAGACGUUCCUCACUCUUUGCUGCCAGCUCCAUGUCCAGUCCCUCUGAUUAUGAAACAGCUCCAGAUAUAAUGGAACCUCUUGAGACCAGCCCAGUCAUACCAAGGGAAGUUUCAAAAGCAGCAGACCAAGCUGCGCCAAAGGAUAAUAAAGAAGAAAUAGCUGCUCUGAAACCUCCUAAGAAACUACUGACUGUUAAAGGGGCACCUGAUGGUAAAAUGAGGACAGCAUCUCCAAAGCACCAUCGUGCCCAUACACCUUUGGCAAGUACCGUAUCUGGAUCAGAGUCAGAAGGGGAAGAAGAUAGACGAGAGACAUUUGAAAUGUACGUGGCUCGUGCAGACUGCAGUCCGAACAGUGGGAAUAAGGACAGUAUUGUUCUGAAGGAGGGCCAGUUUGUUGAGGUCCUGGACUCGGUUCAUCCAGACAGAUGGCUGGUGAGGACCAAACCCACCAAAACUAAUCCUGCUCGGCAGGGAUGGCUGUGUCCAGCCUAUCUGGAGAAGAAAAGAAAGGAGACAUACCCACAAUUGAGAGCACCUCAAGAAGAUCUUGAUGGAAUUGGAUCUACAGGAGAGGAGUACAGGAGAGCUCUGAGUCAGCUGAUCCAAGGUCUGAUUGAUGGAGAAGAGGAGUUUGUAAAAGAGAUGAAGAUGUUCAUCUCUCACCAGCUAAAUUACCUGGACUCUAGCCACCAUGUGCCCAUUAACAUCCUCAACCAGAAAGAGAUCAUUUUCCGGAACAUCAAGGACAUUGUCUUAUUUCAUGAAUGGUCUUUCCUUCCUGGUCUGAGAGAGUGUGCCACAGAUGAUGAUGUGGCAAUAUGCCUGAUCAAGCAUACUGAAGCGUUUGAGACGUAUCUCCACUACAUGGUAGGACAAGAACAAGCAGAGGCCUGCAUCACUGACAAGACUGUGCAGAAAUUCUUCAAGGAGUUAACAGAAUCUGGUUCACCUGAUGCUCCUGUCAUGGAUGUCCUCACAUUUCUCCAGCAACCAGUAGAGAGGAUUCAAACGUAUCAGGCCUUACUAAAGGAGUUAAUCAAGAACAAAGCUAAGGGUGGUCAGAGCUGCUAUCUGCUGGAGGAUGCCUUCUCUAUCGUGUCCUGCCUACCAUGGAGGUCUAACAACCUGCACCAGGUGUCCCUCAUCGAGAACUACCCAGCUCCUCUUACUGCCCUGGGUGAGCCUGUGCGACAGGGAACCUUCACAGUGUGGGAGGAAACGCCAGAAAUGAAAACGACCUCUAGAGGGCAUCAGAGACAAAUCUUUCUCUUCAAGGAAUGUAUUGUGCUGUGUAAGCUGAAAAAAGACACCAGCACGAACCAAGACACCUACACCUUCAAGAACAAAAUGAAGCUGAAUGAUGUGGAAAUCAAAGAGACUGUGGGUGCAGAGGAAAGGUCCUGGGGCUUGUGGCAUGAACACAGGGGCUCCAUGCGGAGGUACACACUGCAAGGCCACUCCAAUUUGGUUAAACUCUCAUGGCUCAAAGACCUAAAGGAGCUACAGCAGCGUUCCAGCGACCUUAAUAACAGUCCUCCAGUGAUCAAGACGCUGUUGUCCGACUGUACAACAAAGAUAGGACAGACAGUCAAACUGACCUGUAAGAUCUUGGGAUCUCCAAAGCCAGUUAUCAGCUGGCUCAAAGAUGGCCUUCCUCUGGAGGAUGACCCACGCCACAUAAUCACAGCAGACCGGUCAGGCACUUGCAGUCUCAUCCUGGACAGCCUCACUGCAGAGGACUCUGGACAGUAUGUGUGCUAUGCUACCAACUCAAUGGGCAGCGCUGGCACUCUGGCUAAGGUGAUAGUACAGGCUCCACCUAGGUUUGUGGGCCGCCUGGAGAGUGCUUGUCUGAUAGAAGGAGAAGAUAUCCAGUUUUCUUGCUCGACACUUACUACCCCUUUACCGCGAAUCAGGUGGUUGAAAGAUGACAAAGAGUUGACUGACCAGCAGAAAUACUCCAUCAUGAAUGACGCUCGGAGUGGAAUCUUGUCUCUGACUGUCAUUGGGGCAACAGAGGCAGAUAUUGGGCAGUAUGAGUGUGAGCUGUGGAAUAAACUUGGCUGUGUCAAGUGCAAGGCAGGUCUAUGUCCAGCAUAUGUACCACCCACUGACAUUGAGGCAGAUCAACCCCAGGACUUACCUCCUAAAGAUGCUGACUCAGAUGGCUGGUCUACUGCAUUUGUGAAUAAAUGGUUACAGACUGAUUUCAGCCCCACUUCUAUUGCCAAGAUGCUUUUCCCUCCGGGGCAUCCUGAACAUGUUGAGUCCAGUUCUGAAGUAGAUGUUCAUGCAUCCACAUCCAUGGCUCCAGCAAAACAGCAGCCUCUUUAUUACUUAGAGGAAGAAGAGGAGAUCUACAUCUCAGAGCCAAUGCAGGAAAUUACAGAUGCUCCACCCUCCAUCCAGGUACCCACUGAGGACCUGUGUGUAGAGCCUGGUCUGCCAUCUACAUUUACCGCAAUCAUCACGGGAAGACCUACUCCUAAGAUACAGUGGUUUAAGGAUGGAGAGGAGCUUGGAGCCAGUGAGAACGUGAAGAUAAUGCAACAUGGAGCCCGCUGCUCAGUGACCAUUGUGUGCCCCGAGGGAGAGGACAGUGGUAUAUACACCUGCUUCGCUCACAAUGACUCUGGUCAUGCUUCAUGCCAGGCUCAGCUUACAGUGGAGGAAGGUCCACUGGAGUCGCAGGAGAGAGAGGUGGAACUGGGGAAGAGAAGGAAGUUAUUCGCUGUCUAUGAUGUUCAUGAGGAAAUUGGAAGAGGAACAUUUGGGGUUGUAAAGCGUGUAAUCCAUAGACGGACUGGUGAAGUAUUUGCUGCCAAGUUUCUGCCUCUGAGGAGCAGCACUCGGACCAGGGCCUUCCAGGAGAGGGACUUGCUAUCCCGUCUGGCUCACCCCAGGGUGGCCUGUCUGCUGGAUUUCUUUUGCACCAGACGCACACUGGUGCUAAUCACAGAAAUCUGCUGUUCUCGUGGACUGAUGGAUCAUUUAUUACUCAGAGGAUUGGUCACAGAAAAAGAGAUUCAAUCAUAUAUCCAACAAAUUCUUGAAGGAGUUGGUCAUAUUCACAGCAUGAACAUCUUGCAUCUGGACAUUAAACCUGAUAAUAUCCUGAUGGUCUAUCCGCCAAGAGAUGAGAUCAAGAUCUGCGACUUUGGCUUCUGCCAGGAAAUAGACACUUCCAGACACCAGUACAGCAUGUUUGGGACACCUGAGUUUGUUGCACCAGAAAUUGUUCACCAAGAACCGGUCACUGUGGCCACUGAUAUUUGGGCUGUGGGUGUUAUGGCCUAUGUGUGUCUGAUGUGCCGAUGCCCUUUUGUGGGUGAGACUGACCGUGCAACCUUGCUGAGAGUUGGAGAGGGGACCCUGAACUGGGAUGCCCCUGAUGUAAUGCACAGAAGUCAUGAAGCCAAGAACUUUCUCCGCAUGACUCUUCAGCCAGAUCCAGAGAAGCGACCCUCUGCCUUUGAGUGCUUGAGUCACGAAUGGUUUGAGGAUGAACAUGCAGGGGAAGAUACUGAAGAGAUCAACACAAAGAGUUUGAAAGCAUUCAUCUCAAAAAGGAAGUGGCAGCGUUCUCUGACAAGCAUUGGUUCAGUGCUCACCUUAAGGCCCAUUCCUGAGCUACUGGAUGCUCCUCUCAGAGAGACUGCAGUAACAGUGCCUCGUGAGCCCCAGGAACACAGCAGCAGCUCUGUGAGCAGUGGCUCCUCGUCUGAGUAUGAUGAGGCAGACUCUUGGGACUUCUUCCAACACUGCAGCCAGACUGAAGAGGAGGAGGAAACAGAGGAAGACUAUGAUCCUUUAAUGGAGAGAGCACAGAUCCCAGAGCCCUUUGCCAAACUCCACCUAGAUGGCGAGGAGGAAUCGGAAGCGACAUUAGGGGAGGAAGAGGAUUUGGAGAUCGUAGGAAGGAGGAGUGUAUUAGAGCGGAGUAUGAGCAGGCAAUCAAUAACUUCAUCAGAAGUGUCGUGUCAACAGACACCUCUGAGGGAGCGUCGCUUCAGCAAGGACAGCAGCCCAUCCCUCUACCUUUCUGAUGGGGAUGAGGGCUCAGGGAGUGAUGGCGGUCGUAUCCCUCGGGGGAGCCUCAUCCGAAGCACUUUCUAUAACACCUCUCACCAGCUGUCACCAUUGUCUGCCAGGCACAUGACAUUACGAGAUAAAUUCCAGGCCAAAAAGCAGGAGAGAGGCCGCAAGCCACUCAGGAGGAGCUUCUCAGGACGUCUCAAUGAGCCUCUUAUUGAAUACGUGGAAGAUGAACCUGAGAGCAACCGUAUGCAGAGACGGGGAUCCGUCCAACCCAUCAUGCAGAAGUCCAGCUCGUUUGACAGUGGAGUGGGCCUUGCCCACGUCAAUGUACUUCCUCACAGAAGGAGUAGGUCUCUUGAUGCAUAUUCACGUCGCUCUCCCAGCUCACCCACCUGUGCUAAGGCAGGUGAAGAAGAAGGCUCUCAGAGUCUGAAGGAAGAUUUCACAGAUGAUGAAGUGCCAGGGAGAAACAUGCCAGUCAUGCAGAGCCCUCAGCAAACAACACGAAAGAGAAGAGGCUCUGUCGCUCCUCUACAAGGGGCUCAUACUAUUAGUGGAUCAUCUGUUCCCUCCACACUCCUUGCUGGAGACAGAGCGGGGAGCAGAGAUCAGGAGCAGAGAGAAAGAGACACCUUUACCGGGUCCCAAGGGUCUCUGGCUGAGUCACUUAUUUUAGAGCAUGGUAGCUCUGAAUCUUCAAGUAGACUUGGUUCCUAUGAGGAGCUGAGUCGUGGUCAUCUCACAGUAAGGUACAGACCAGAAGGGAGUGAAGGAUAUGAUGAUCAGGGUGAGCCUCUGAUUUCCCCUUCCCCUUGUUCAUUCCAGGACAUACAACCCAGAGGCUCAUUUCCUCAGGCCCCCCCACGUAAUCGUACACGCUCAAAUCCCAACUUAUCUACAAACAGCAGGGGUCAGCCAGGGACCCCAUUAAUGCCGAGUCCCAGUCCCAGUGUCUCUUCUCUCCAGGUUCCAGAGAGGCCCCCCAGAGCCAGAGACAAGAAAGAGGGUCAUGGCCUCCAGAGGCAUGCUUCUGCUCCAGCUCUCGAAGCCCGGCCACCUCCUGGAAGGUCGCCCAAGCUGGGACUGCUGAACAUUUUCCGCAGACAGUCCUGGACUGCCCAUUCCUAUUCCCAGCUGGAGAACGCAGAGUUAGGGCCCACACUGGGAGAGAUCAUGAAGCCGGAUACCCCCACCAUGUCAUUAAGGAAGAAAAUGAGAGCUUCGGCCUCCAGUCUGACUAAACUGUUUUCCAGGUCUUCCAGUAAGGAGGAUGUGAGUAAAGGGCCAAUAGUGAAAGGAUCAGCCCCGAUCCCACCUGAAAGGCAGCUUCGCAGUGGCCUUGAAAGUCCAAACAAAAGAGCCUCAAAACUCUUGCCAUCUUUCAAAAUUCCUGCUUUCAAGAAGAGGAAAGAUCUGGCAGUCCGUCCCAGCAAGGCUGAGGUCCUACAGUUGGAUGGAGGUGAAGUCCUGCUGGUGUGGAAGCCACUUCAGUCUAGUGAUGUUGUCACUUACUGUGUGCAGUACUGCAAAGAGGGUGGGGAGUGGAUAGUGCUGUCGGAGGAGGUGACAGACAGCUGCUAUGUAGUGAAGGAUUUACCCCGAGGAUCUUCCUACGUGUUCAGGGUGGGCUGUAUCACAAAGACUGGAGCAGGACCUUUUAGUGAUGCUUCAGCUCCUGUUGUUAUGGCCACUCAUCCCGAAGAGAUUCACAUCCCUCUAAUUCAGACUCAGUCACUGGGGUCAAAGAUCACUGGAUCCAAACAACAAACAGUAAACAAGAGCUACAGCUUCCUCUCUGAGAUCAACAGGGGUCGUUUCAGCGUCGUGAACUUGUGCAGGGAUGUUGAGACGAGCCAGGUGUUUACUGCCAAGAUCACCCCUUACAAGGCCGAGCAGAGACAGUUGGUGCUGCGAGAGUACCAGCUGCUGAAGAGGCUACAUCACUCGCACCUGGUUCAGCUACAUGCCGCGUUCAUCACCCCCUGCUACCUGGUGUUAGUAGAAGAGCUCUGUCCCGGCAAGGAGCUGCUCUACAGUCUGGCUGCGAGAGAUCUGUAUUCAGAGAGUCAUGUCGCAGAGCUGCUAGUGCAGAUUCUAAGCGCAGUUGACCAUCUGCACAGCCGCCGCAUCAUCCACCUGGACCUGAAGUCCGACAACAUGCUGGUGGACGAUUGUAACCACCUGAAGAUCGUUGACUUCGGCUCGGCCCAAUCCUUCACACCUGGACAGCCUCUCAACAUCGAGCACAUCCAGGGCCUCUCAGACAGCAAAGACUGCCGCAGCAAAGUUUAUAUUGUCCUUCCUAAAGCUCCGGAAAUCCUGGAGGGGCAGGGUGUCGGACCUGAGACCGACAUUUGGGCUGUUGGAGUUUUGUCUUUCAUCAUGCUGAGUGCCGACAGUCCUUUUCAUGCAGAGCUUGGCUGGGAACAAGACAGAAAUAUCAAGAAAGGGAAAAUCAUGUUUGGACAGUGUUACCCUGGUCUGUCAGAGGGAGCCUUAAACUUCAUGAAGAGCUGCCUGAACAACAAAUCCUGGGGGAGACCCAGUGCAGCUGAGUGUCUCCAGAACCCGUGGCUGCGAGCCCAUCGCACUCCACACAAAGGCCGACACUCCAAAGUGUGUUUCUCUACCGACAAGCUCAAAGCUUAUCUCAAGCAGAAAGAGGAGAAACGAGAUCAGGUGCGCACCAAGCUUCAGUUUCCCUUCUUCCAGUAAGCCAACGGUAACAGAAAGCCAAUCUUUUUCCUGAAAAAAAAAGAAUAUGCAACCUUACAAUUCAUUUUUUGUGUUUCUGUGUUUCUUUUCUGACAAAAACAAUGGGAUGCGUCUUAAUGAGUGUGAAGGUGUACUUAUAUAUACUGUAUUACCAUUUGAAUGUAUGUGUGCUCCAUGUUUGUGCUUCAGUUUAUAUGCAAACCUAUCAGGGAUAAAUCUACAAGUGCACACUGGGGCAUGACUUGUAAAGUUUUGGUUGAACUGUUAUUUUGCUCAUCUACUUGUGUCAGGCGAAUGCAUGUUUGGCUUUACAUGAAGCAUGUUAUUUUCUGUGCCCCUACAGAAAGCAGAUUUUAUUUGAAACUUUACAUAGUAUGCAUUAAGACUCACAUCAUCUCAUCUUCCAUACCGCUUAAUCCUCAUUAAGGUCGUAGCAGUUUGCAUUGGGACUGCUUAAUAGAUAAAUAGGAAAUAGAUGAAGCUUUGUUGGAAGCUUAUAUUGAUAUUAGUUUAAUAAUAUUCUGGGUCAGCCUCCCUCUUGAAUGAGUUUGUGAAUUAAAUAUUUAUUAAAUGACACACCAGUGUUCA